AUGGUAAUUUUCACUGGUGAAAUUAAAAAUCUAUACGACUUUGGCAAAGCUAUUGAAGGGGUGGCCAGGGGCUCACAAACACUUGACAUAACCGAUGAAUGCCUGCAAUUGUGUCGUAAAUAUUUGCCGGGAGUUUGGACUCAAGCGACCGAUAAUGAGAUUCGCGUCACUCGUAUGACCGGCGGACUCACGAAUCAGAUAUAUUUGUGUCAAAUGUGUGAUACUAUAACUGAUGGACAGUUAGGUCAACAGCCCCGGGAUGUCAUCAUUAGACUGAACGGCAAUACCUACGACCAGACGUUUCGUAUGAUAGAUAACCCGCGGUUUAAUGACUCGAUCAUAGCACUACUGGUGUCGCAAACGGGUUUAGGUCCUCAACUAUACGGUAUGGAUCCCAGCGCCCAAAUACUC